CACAGCUCUGUUUUUGUAAAAUGAGAAGGGGUUGGUCCUCCAGCAUGCAGUUUGGGUGUGUGUCUUGUGCCCGUACUGUGUGCGUGUCUGUUCUCUGGCCCAGGGGAGGAAAAGAAAAAAGAAAAAAAGCGUGUGGCAGGAUGUGGACAGAGAAGAGCAAACCCGAGUGUAGCGCGCCGCCAUGCUGCUAGAGCUCGCGCUUCCGUGCCAGACGCAGAUGUGUAGGUAGGUGACUUUCUCAGACGUGGCACGAAAUGCCAACAGAAAGUUAGUAACGAUCGCGUAUUGAUUAAGUAAGUAAGUUGUGGGGGGAUAAAAAAAAGAUUCCCCCUCCGUUUCGCAUUAGUCAAGGUCGAGGCGAGGACGCUGCGUAGUUCCCUUUCCAAUCAGCCCCAAAGUGAUUCAAUCAUCUGCAGGAAGUGCAGGAACUAAUGAGCGGAGAACGAGAACUCGAUCAUCUCCCAGCGCAUUGAGUUCAUCACCACGCAUUUGUAAAUGACCGCCACUGUAAAUGGAUCGGAUCCAAAAAUGCCCGGACUGUCACGAGCCCAGGAUCCGGUACCGUCCCCGUGUCCAGCAGGACCCACAGCGCAGGAACGGGCAGCUCCGGAGCCGAGCGCCGAGACCCAAAGCGCCGUGGACGAUGCCAAACACACCGGAGUGAAAUUCGCCAAGACCUUCCUUCUGAUCUUCCCGGUUUAUGUCCUAGGAUAUUUGGGGUUCAGUUUCAGCUGGAUUCUGAUCUCCCUGGUCGCGCUGUUUUGGAUCAGACGGCACCGGGGAGCGCGGUUUUCAGGAGUAAAUAAAGCCCUGGCCUUUUUCGAGCACCCAGUGAAAGCGUUCAAGCAGAGUUUACCAACUUCUGAGUUGCCACCGUGGGUUCAUUUUCCUGAUGUGGAGAGAGUGGAAUGGCUCAAUAAGACAGUGCAUCAGAUGUGGCCAUAUAUUUGUCAGUUUGUUGACAAACUCUUCCGUGAGACCAUCGAACCGGCCGUCAAAGGAGCCAAUGCGCAUCUCAGCUCUUUCUGUUUCACCAAGAUUGACAUGGGAGACAAGGCCUUAAGAGUAAACGGUGUGAAGGUUUACACCGAGAAUGUCGACAAAAGACAGAUUAUUAUGGACUUGCAAAUCAGCUUUGUUGGGAACACUGAGAUCGAUGUGGAGGUUAAGAAAUACUACUGCCGAGCAGGAAUCACCAGCAUCCAGCUGCAUGGAGUGUUGAGGGUCAUCAUGGAGCCGUUGCUUGGAGACAUGCCUCUAAUUGGAGCACUAUCUGUUUUCUUCCUCAAAAAACCGCUGUUGGACAUUAACUGGACAGGUCUGACUAACAUGCUCGACAUCCCAGGACUGAAUGGAGUAUGUGACGGUGUGAUAGAGGAUAUUAUUUGCAGUAACUUGGUGCUUCCCCACAGAAUCACAAUUCCACUGGUGGGAGAGGCACAACUGGCCAAGUUACGCUUCCCAAUGCCAAAGGGUGUUUUACGAGUACAUUUUCUAGAAGGCCAGGAUCUGCUGGCUAAAGACACAUAUCUGGGUGGUCUAAUCAAAGGGAAGUCUGAUCCGUACGGGGUCAUUAAGAUUGGUAAUCAGCUCUUCCACAGCAAGGUCAUCAAGGACUGCCUGCAUCCCAAAUGGAAUGAAGUAUAUGAGGCAUUAGUGUAUGAUCAGCCUGGACAGUCUUUGGAAAUUGAGCUGUUUGAUGAAGACCCUGAUGAGGAUGACUUCCUUGGCAGGCUUAUGGUUGACCUGAAUGAGUUGGAGAAGGAGCAGAAAGUUGAUGAGUGGUUUGAGCUGGACGAAGUGACAUCAGGAAAACUACACUUGAAGCUAGAGUGGCUCACACCUCUUGCCACACCAGAAAAACUGGACCAGGUGUUGAGCAGUAUUAGGGCGGAUAAAGGCCAAGCAAAUGAUGGUCUCUCCUCAGCACUACUGCUUGUACACCUGGACUCAGCCAAGAACCUGCCUAGUGUGUUUGAAGGCAAUCUGUCCAGCGGCUGUCUGAAGGAGCGUCGUUCCGCUGGGUUCGUGUUCUGUGAGAACACAGCAACACUGUACAGGACUCUGUUUUCUGCGAAGAAAGUCACCAGUGAUCCCAGUCCCUUGGUCCAGUUUAAGGUCGGACACACAGUUUUUGAGAGUAAGACACGUUAUAAAACCAAUGAGCCUGUUUGGGAGGAGGCCUUCACAUUCCUAAUACAUAACCCAAAGAGUCAGGACCUAGAAGUGGAGGUAAAGGACGAGAGGCAUGAGUGUACUUUGGGGAAUUUUACUCUUCCGUUGAGCCAGCUGCUGCAGGCUGAGCAGAUGACCCUCAGUCAGAGAUUUCCCCUAAAAAGUGCCGGACCCAGUGCUACUCUCAAAAUGAAGAUUGCUCUAAGGGUUCUCAGUUUGGAGAAAUUGUCCGUUUCAGACCAGCCAUCAUCCGUGCAGGUUCGCAAUCGGAGUGCCAGUGUCGUUCCAAAUGCAUCGAAUUCCAAUCUUGCCCAAAAUGCCUCAAGUUCAAAGAACACCCCUAAAACCUCAGGUUCUGGUGCCAGCUCCAAGCCUUCUUCACAGAUCCCACAUGUUUCUGAGUAUCAAUCUGUCCCUGACCUCCUAGGGUUGAAUGAGUCCAUCCCUAGUACCACAUUGCAGGACUCACCGGUCCGUCUGGCCGAUAAAGGGAGGAGUACAUCUAACUUGGCAAUUUCAGACUCUCAGAUGAACCUAAACAGCAAGGAGCCGACACCAAGCAUUGCCUCCGACAUCUCUCAUCCAUACGCUUCCCAGGAGCUACAACUUAGACUUAAAGAUCUGCGGAAUGGUUCCACUGGUCAUUUUCCCCUGGGAGAGAUUGAGCUGACUAUAAGACACAGCUCCCAACGGAACAAACUUAUAGUAGUGGUACAUCGUUGCAGGAAUCUGAUCUCAUUCUCAGACAGUGGGUCGGACCCCUACGUGCGUUUGUAUCUGCUCCCAGACAAGCGGCGAUCUGGACGUAGAAAAACAGCAACGAUCAAGAAAAACAUCAACCCAGUUUAUGACCAAACAUUAGAGUUCAGUGUGUCACUGGUGGAGUUGCACAGGAGAACAUUGGAUGUAGCAGUGAAAAAUGGAGGAGGAAUUCUGUCCAAACACAAAGGUCUUCUUGGCAAGGUGAUUGUGGAUUUGACAUCAGAGGACAUAUCAAGGAGCUGGACACAAUGGCAUGAACUUAGUGAGGAUGGACUGAGGAAGCCAUCUGUUCAAUCAGAACACUGAUCAUUCUGCUGGCCAAAAAUCAGGACUCCCUGCAUGGAAUAUCUGCACAGACUACAAACGUCAGCCAUGUUUAAGUGUUGUAAUUUUAUUGGAUGGACAUUUUCUAUUAUAUACAUGAAAUAUGUAUAAUAUUAAUUUUAAUCAAGAUGAUUCUUUUUUAUUUAGACAACCUGCUAAAAGAAUAUAAGGCUUUGGUUCUGAUUUAAUGUGCAGCUGCUCAGGUUGCUUUAUGGUCUCGUGGUUUAAUUUGUGCAAUAGGACGGUGUGUGAGGAAAAAUUCAGCAAUGGAAAAUAAAAAAAAUUGCAAGUCAAAUAAAUAUACAGAAUAUGA